GGGACCCCGCUCCCUCCCGGCGAAGCGGCCCCGCGGAGCCUCCGCUCCUCUCCGCCCGCUUCCAGCCCUGCGCUACCGCCUCCCGGGGCGCGAGGUCCUGUUUGCCGUCCGGUUAAUGAGUGAGCCGCACUCCGCUUCCCCGACGGCGGAGAGUGGGCCGGCAGCAGGCGGCCGGGAGAAGCAUCCCUGCCCCCGCUCCCGCCGCCCCCCGCCCGCAGGUGCAGGGGGCUGGCACUUGGCGGGGGAACUGGAAAGAGCUGGUUCCAGUUUGCACUUUAGCUCCGGGCGGGGAGGAGGGAGCCGGGGGCCGAUGGCGGGGUGGCUGCGGCCGCUCGCCGGGACCCUGCUCCUGCUCGAGGUGGCGGCUGCCGUCAGCUUCCUGCACCACCGCUACGAAGAGAUGGUGCGGGCUCUGUUUCGCGUGCAGAGCGAGUGUCCGUACGUCACCCGCAUCUACAGCAUCGGACGCAGCGUCGAGGGCCGCCACCUCUACGUGCUGGAGUUCAGCGACUACCCCGGCAUUCACGAACCCCUGGAGCCGGAAUUCAAGUACGUGGGGAACAUGCACGGGAAUGAGGUGCUGGGCCGUGAACUGCUGCUGCAGCUCUCAGAGUUCCUAUGUGAGGAGUACCGGCGGGGCAGUGAGCGGGUCACCCGACUGCUGCACGACACGCGCAUCCACAUCAUGCCUUCCAUGAACCCCGAUGGGUACGAAGUGGCUGCCAACCAGGGCCCAGAUGGCAUUGGGUACUUGACGGGGAGAAACAAUGCCAAUGGUGUGGACUUGAACCGCAACUUCCCUGACCUCAACACGUUUAUGUACUAUAGUGGGGAAAUCAGCGGGCCCAACCACCACAUCCCACUGCCCGACAACUGGAAGAGCCAGGUGGAACCCGAGACAUUGGCCGUGAUCCAGUGGAUUGGCAGCUACAACUUUGUGCUGUCGGCCAACCUGCACGGUGGCGCAGUGGUGGCCAACUAUCCCUAUGAUAAGUCUCAAGACCAGCGGUUCCGGAGCCACCGGCGCACGGCCAACACACCCACCCCUGACGAUAAGUUGUUCCAGAAGCUAGCCAAGACAUACUCGUAUGCCCAUGGCUGGAUGCACCGCGGCUGGAACUGUGGGGACUACUUCGUCGAUGGCAUCACCAACGGGGCGUCCUGGUACUCGCUCAGCAAAGGCAUGCAAGAUUUCAAUUACCUCUACACCAACUGUUUUGAGAUCACCCUGGAGCUGAGCUGCAAUAAAUUCCCCCCCAAGGAGGACCUGGAGAGGCAGUGGAUGGCCAACCGGGAGGCUCUUGUUGCCUUCAUUGAAGAGAUUCACCAGGGCAUCAAAGGGAUGGUUACUGACGAGAACAACAAUGGCAUUGCAGGAGCAGUGAUUUCUGUCCAGGGAAUCAGUCAUGACGUCACCUCUGGCGAGAUGGGGGAUUAUUUCCGGCUGCUGCUGCCCGGCACUUACACCAUCACAGCCUCAGCAGAGGGCUACCAGCCUCAAACGGUGACAGCUACCGUGGGCCCAGCUGCACCUUCACUGGUGCAUUUCCAGCUCAAACAAGAUGUGGUAAAAAAGGCCCCAGAGCGGAAAGCCUCAGGCACACGCACAAACAACAAAACCCUUCAGAAGAAGGUAGUGCCCAGAGCUGUGCGCCGAGGGACCCAGAGAUGAGGAUGACACAUUUGUCUGAGAGCAGAGGGAGGGAAGCCAUUGUACAGGGCCUGGAUGAAGACUCCAGCCAGUGAACUUUCCAUCAGUCCAGCAUUAAACUAGCCCAAGCUAUUAGGUUAUUAAAUAUGAAAUUAUUUAAUCCCUGAGCAAGCUGUGAAGUAAUUCUCAACAGAAUGCAUUUGGGCAGUGUGUCUGGAGCUGCUCUCCUGCCCUCAGGCCAUCCAGGAGAGCUCUGCUCCCUUUGCUCCUGACUGGUCACUGCAGCUCACAUGAGAUGUUCAGACACUGGUGCAUGGCAGAGAUAAUGAGUCCAGGCAGCAAGUUCUGCCCUUGCAAUCCAGGCACAUGGAUCCUGGCUUGUCCAUGCUGUGAGCUUCACCCUCAGGUAAGGACAGUUGUCUAUAGUUAGGAGAAGGAUAGUUUUAAAGCAGUUACUUGUCCAGCUUCAAACACAGCUGGACAAAUACUCAUUCUGGGUGGCAGCACCACAAGGAGGAAUGCAGCACUGCUGGGACGUGAUGAUCCAAGGUCAUCUGGUGAGUGACGUCACAUCUACUUCGCCGUGCAGAUGGGACUUCCUGGUGGCUCAUUGGGAUUAUUUAUAGUCAGACAGGAUGAAACAGUACACACCAACAAAGGCAGUGGAUUAUCCUGACUCCUUACGGCUUCAGAUCCAAACCAGAUGGCUCUCUGAAGGGUUUGCUUCAGCCAACACAAGCUAUUAGUCUUAGCAAGGAACAGCUAGGUGAGAGCUGAUGAGCAGUGGAAGGUGUGCAGGACAGGUGGUUUGUCAUUCCUUUGAGACAAACUGAAUUUUGGGUCCAUCAAUGGAGGGAAAUGUGGAUGCACACCAACCAGCAGUGCACUGUGCAGGUACAGUGCAUGUGGACUGCAGCUCAGUUAGAGAAGACGUGGUCCAAGUCCUCACUAUCACAUCCUCUCCUGUCUCUGCUGCUGGUGGCAUUUUCAGCCCUAGCAGUACGCACACUCUUGUACCUCUGCCUGCUAACAGAGACUGUCUCUCAGCAUUUCUUAGAAAGGCACGGCAAACCAUCCCUCAGAGGGUAUCUGUUCAGGCUAUUACAGAGAAGUGCCAGAAGCAGUAGCACACGUUGCCAUGGCUGUGAGUGGUUUCAGUCUGCGCAGGUCACUGUGUGCCAGGGAUGGUGGCCAAUUCCACAUUCAUAAAAUCUAGAGAAUUCAAAUUCUCUAAAUUUUUCACACCAUCAGCAACCCAGCACAGUCACAGAAGUUGCUGGCUGCAGGGUGCUCCCAUGUUGCCCUCUGGUGGUCCUAGAAAAUGUAAGACCAACCCACUUCCCCUUGCUUUCUGGUGUAUGGGCAAAGGAGGGCAAUUUCUUCUCUGGGCCAGGACAGGAGGCUACAGCAUUCACCUCACAGGCUGCUGGGGGGCUGUUGGCACAGUGGUGAAGCCAGAGGCUCUGUGGAAAGCUUUUUACCCUAUGAAACAGUUCCUACAAGACUUAACCUUGUUGUGAAAGAGCCUCUUCUUCAGCCUGGGAUUUGUCCAGCACAUUCUCCUCCCAGCUCUGAAUACUUCAGUGUUGAACAUUUUGGUAAAGCUCCACUUGGCCCUGGCCAAGCUCUCCACGUGAAAACAUGGUUACAAAAUGUUUCCGAGACAGCUCUCUGUCCGGCCCGCCUCUCCAAGGCUUGCCGUGAACUUCAUCCUAAGUGUUGCAAGGAGCUAAAAACAUUGGACAAACUAAAAACUUUGGACACAACAUCUGCAGUGCAGUAGUUUCAUGUCCUUUGAGGCUGCAGCCAAGGUGAUGGCAGGUGGCAGGUCUGUAUUACAGAGCUGGUCCCUCCCCAUCCUCUCUGAGACACUCACACACACUUCAGUUCACAGACCUCCUUCUCUCACUUCACAUCCUACUUCCAGGCUGCACUGCCCCACCCUGACCCUUUUGGGGCAGUUUUCUGCAAGCAAGGCUGUGACGAUCCUAGCUUGAGCAGCAGCCCCAGUGGGGUGGCUGGAGUGAUCUGGGUGUGUGUGAUGUGGCUGGUGCAAAGUAGGCAGAAAAAGGGAAAAUACAAAAAGCUGAACUCCAGGAAGAGCGAGGCACCUUUGCUGGCAAUGUCAACAGAGGUAGGCUGGUUGCUGCACUGACCUAGGAGGCUGCAGGAGCAUGGGGAGGAUGAAUCCUCUGGCAAUACUGAGGUUAAAUGAAAGAGCUAGAAAUGGUGAUUGUAUGAAGAACAGUUUGUGAAGUGGAGGCAUGCAGGGAGACACAUCUCACAGAUAAAAAUAUACAAGCCUUUUUUAAGUGCGUAGCUUUUCUUGGAACGUUGGAACAAAACCAGACUCAAAGCCAAGGAUAAGGUUGGCUGGAAGUGAGGAUAGCAGUGAAAAGCUCAGAGCCACCAUAUAAGAGCAGAGGCAAAGGGAGAAGAGGGACGUGGCCCUGCCCAAUUGCAUACAGCCUAGUGCAGAAGUUAGUGGGAAAAGCUGGGGGUUCUCAGGCUUCAGAGUCUGUUGUGAUAUGUGGGGCUGGGUUUGGGCUUAGUUUCCAGAAAAAGAUUCAUUUGGAUGGUGUUAUUUCUAUCUUAGCAUGUAUUAGUUUAGACUAAUUCUGCUGCUGCCUGCAAAGGGCUGUGUGUUAGCCCCAUUCUGCGCUCCUCCCGUGGCCCUGUGAAUACAGACACCUGCGGGGUCAUUUUAUUGUACUCUGGAGAACACUGCAGAGCUGCAUCGAGCUCCUCACUGACAGUAUGCAGGUCAGAUCACCUCCGUGUCUCACACUGGUCCCACUGAGAACUGCCCAGGAGCACUGCACAGUGGCAGCUCCUUCUACUCUCACACCACACACGCAAUGUCCUUGCGUGCAACUCCCUGGCAGGGGCUGGUGUCCAUUCUUCAGCUGCAGCAGAGCACACACAGGGGCAAUACCUGCGGGAAGAGCACGCAGUCCUCGUGCAGCAGGACCCUGCAGCAGCUCAGCGCUAUGCAGCCACGAAGCAGCCGGGCAGCCAAGCUCCGAGCUCGUACAUGCCCGACACGACUUUCACAGCCCUGCUCCUUGCUGCCGGCCAGCCAAGCUGCGAUCGCUCUGGUUGCCAUGGAGAAGUGUAGCCAAACGCUCAAAACGGUGCCAAACGGCCCUGGGACGUGAGGCCACGCAGCGUGGUGGCGGACCCAUGGGACACGAAGGCUUUUUCUGGCCUAGCAGGGAAAGCAGCCAGGGCCCGGCGGUGCCGGACCUCCGCGCCGCGCAGACACCCCCUGCUAGCACGGGCUGCGGGGCUGCGCGUUGUUUUUCCCCCCUCUCGGUGCCCCGGCGACACAACGGAGGCCGCACGCCGC